CCAACAGAUUAGCGGCGGACAAUUAUUCCUUCUGCACAAUUAAGUCGAAUAAGAUGUUAUUAAAAACUUUAGCGAUGCAUGUUGAAACAAACGCAUUAUGAUGUUCGACACCUUUUUGACAACUGUGUCAAAAGGAUUUCUGAUUUUUAUUGGAUGAAAACAAAAGACGGAAAAUUUUAUCAAGCCAAGGCAAUCAGACAAAACAUACGUAACUGUUUAAAAGCGGUGACUGUUCUCUUCUGGAUAUGGUAUUAAAUUACUUGUGAACUUUUAUAAUAAUGAAGUGUUUCGAACUGGAGUGGUGAAAAGUGGUAAGAAUUUCGUAGAUUUCAUAGGUAUGGCAUCAGUAAUGCCUUCCAAACCCGAACAGCAGAAACCUGUUCCGAUACAGGAAUUGGAGAUUUCUCCCGAAACAUUGGCUUUCACACAAGGCAAAGACGCGAAGAAUAUAAAAAUUAAACAAUUUCUGUGCGUCCGCAAUGUCAUUCCCAAAACUAACUUAUACCAGGCAAUCCUCUUGGAGAACAGAAGCCAGGACAGACAUUUACAAAGAACGUUAUCAAGUUUGUCAGCACGGCAGCUCAAACAUGCAAAUUCCUUUGAUCUCACCGCAAGGACUUUCAUGGCCAUGCAAGAAAGAAAGCAGAAGAAGUGGAAAAGGGAAGACGAAUUAAGGUUAUCGAGUAUGAAUCUUCCGAGUCUUCAAGGAUCAGAAAAUUUAACUCCUUGCCUCGAUGUGAUGUACCAUAUGCCUGAAUACUCGGCGAGAGCGAGACCGACACGCGGCAAAUCGAGAGAAAAAGAAAAAUCCAAAUUUCCAAAGAUGCCAUAUAGUAUCCGACGUGAGCAAACCGAGAUUGCCACGUACAAUGACAAGACAUACAUGACAAAAUUGCCAGAAAUGGUUGAGGUCGAUCAGGACGCACUACAACACUACGACAUGUAUCGUGGAAAGAAAUACCUGAAUGCUGGUGCUACUAAAACUGAUGAAAGAUUCAAACACCUUACAGAAACAUUGAAACCCGCUCAUUUGAAAGACUUGGAAAAGUAUCCUCUUGAAAAUGCAACAAGUAAAAGUCGUCUUUCCAAAUAUAGCAGCUCCUCUCGGCUUUCUUCUAGAGAAUCAGACGAUGACUUCGUAUUUUCCCGCCAUAUGGCAUCCAAACCGAGGCCAAGUUGGAUGCUGACUCGCCCUGAGACAUCAGAAGUAAUGACAUUUACCCAAGGAAGCAAGCCUAGAAGAGAGGUAUCUGUUUCUUUUGAAGACCAGCCCAAAAAGGUUAAGAAAAGCGAAGAAAUAUUGGAGUCUUUUAGAACUAUGGAUGUGAAAAAAUUAGCGAAGUCAAUUCUAAAAGAAAAGAAAGAAACUACCAAUACUGAUACACAAGAAACUGAGGCAAUGGAUGAAACUGCAUCGGGAGAAAACAAAAAAGUGUUUGUCCCGGGAGUAAACGUGUAUUACUCUACAAAGGGUAAUUAACA